AUGUCUUUCUUCACCGGCUGCGCGAUGACGCUAACCCCGGACAGAACAUGGUGUGCGGGUGGAAUUUCGUCCGGAGCGACGGGGAUCCAAGAGGAGUUCGGCGUAUCGGCGGAGAUCACGACCCUGGCAUUGUCCCUGUACGUGCUGGGGUAUGCCAUUGGGCCCGUCCUUCUCGCGCCGCUGUCUGAAUACUUCGGUCGGCAACCGGUCUACGUGGUCUCGUGGUUCUGUUUGUUUAUCUUCCAACUGCCCCUAGCGCUCGCGCCCAAUAUCGGGACCAUCCUAGUCUGUCGCUUCCUUGCAGGCUGUGCAGGAGGAGCACCCCUCACAAACACGGGAGGGAGUAUCAGUGAUAUGUGGGAACGCAACGAGAGUGGAGGUCCCAUGGCGGUGUACGGGCUCAGCAGCACCUUCGGACCCCCGAUGGCGCUCGUGAUCACAGGCUAUAUUGGACUCAAUUUGGGGUGGCGGUGGAUUUUCUGGGUCCUGAUGGCGAUGACCGGGGGCGUGUGGGUGGUGCUGGUCACCACCAUCCCCGAGACUCGGCAUACAACGGUCCUGCAGAAAAAGGCUAAGCGUGCCCGUCGCCAGAUGCAGAAGGAGGGUUUGGCGUCCGCUGAAUCGACCACCGACAUGCACGCGAGCGACCGUAAGGGGCUGCACGAACUCUUUGGGAUCACCCUCACGCGACCGUUCCGCUUCCUCUUCACAGAGCCCAUCACGUUGUUUUCCGCCAUCUACAAUGGAUUCCUGUACGGGCUGGUCUACUUGUUCAACGAAGCUAUCCCGUUGGUUUUCGGAGCCCCCAAGGGUCAUCCAUUCAAUACCGGACAACAGGGACUGGCAUUUUUGGGAAUGGCGAUCGGCCCUCUGAUUGCAUUCUGUUUCUACCCACUUCAGGAACGAUACUAUUUGCGCCGAGUCGCCGAAAACAACGGCAAAGGUGUCCCCGAGGCUCGGAUGUGGAUGGCCCGCGGCGGAGCCAUCUUGAUCCCCAUCAGUCUCUUCUGGUUUGGCUGGACCAGCUAUCGAUCGGUUCACUGGGUGGUCCCCAUCAUUGCGUCGUCCUUCUUCGGGGCGGGGAUCUACAUUGUCAUCCUCAGCAUUCUGAAUUACGUGGUGGAUAGCUACCAGACGUACUCCGCGUCGGCGCUGGCGGGAGUCAUUCUCGUGCGCAAUGUGGUUGGGGCUGGAUUCCCACUCUUUGCAACUCAGAUGUAUGAGAAACUGGACUACGAGUGGGCGUCCAGUCUCCUGGGCUUCAUCUCGAUCCUGCUCGUCCCUAUCCCGUUCAUCUUCUUCUACAAGGGCCAGGCAAUCCGCCUCCGCAGUCCUUGGGCCAGAGAGCACUUCGAACAAAAUGAGGAUUCACCUCAUUAA